AUGGAUAAUUGUGAUGUGUACUACAUAGUUCUGAUCCUGGAUCCUCAGGUCAAAGGAGACCUAAUUCUGAGUGAGAUUGAAGAUAAAGAAGCAGUUGCAAAUAUCGUCAACGAUAUAAUCUCUGGAGAGGCUCGUCAGAUUCUGGGUGUUCCAGAAUUACAAUUGAAUGAUUCAGUACACCGGGACACUGAUCUGAAGGCCAAGUUCCUCAACCAAGAACUCGGGUUCAACGAUCGAACAGCGCGAUCCGUAUGGAGAUAG